AUGGACCCGAUAACGCAGCAGACGACGCUCCUGGCGCCCGACGACGGAACUCCCGACCUGGCGCGGUCGCAGCAGCCCAAGUCGAAAAAGGUGUACGAGGAGAAGAACUUUACGUUUGACAGCUCGUUCUGGAGUCACGACACCAGGGACAAGCACUACGCCACGCAGGAGGACGUGUACAACAGCCUGGGCGAGGAGUUCCUGGACCACAACUUCGAGGGCUACCACACGUGCAUCUUUGCAUACGGGCAGACGGGGUCGGGUAAGUCGUACACGAUGAUGGGGACGCCCGACCAGCCGGGACUGAUCCCGCGGACGUGCGAGGACCUGUUUGAGCGGAUCGAGGCGGCGCAGAACGAGAACUCCAACGUGGCGUACAACGUGCGCGUGUCGUACUUUGAAGUCUACAACGAGCACGUGCGCGACCUGCUGGUACCCGUAGUUCCCAACCGCCCGCCCAACUACCUCAAGAUCCGCGAGUCGCCGAGCGAGGGCCCCUACGUCAAGGACCUGACCGAGGUCCCCGCGCGCAACCUGGACGAGAUCUUGCGGCACAUGACCAACGGCGACGCGUCCCGCACCGUGGCCAGCACCAAGAUGAACGACACGAGCAGCCGCAGCCACGCCGUCUUCACCAUCAUGCUCAAGCAGAUCCACCACGACAUGGAGACGGACGAGACGACGGAGCGCAGCUCGCGCAUCCGGCUGGUGGACCUGGCGGGCAGCGAGCGCGCCAAGUCGACCGAGGCCACGGGCGCCCGCCUCCGCGAGGGCAGCAACAUCAACAAGUCGCUCACCACUCUGGGCCGAGUCAUCGCCGCCCUGGCCGACCCCAAGGUUCUGCGCUCGGGCAAGCGCAAGGACAUCGUUCCCUACCGCGACUCCAUCCUGACCUGGCUCCUCAAGGACUCGCUGGGCGGCAACAGCAAGACGGCCAUGAUCGCCUGCAUCGCGCCCUCGGACUACGACGAGACCCUGUCGACCCUCCGCUACGCGGACCAGGCCAAGCGCAUCCGCACCCGCGCCGUCGUCAACCAGGACCACCUGUCGACCGCCGAGCGCGACGCCCAGAUCGCCGCCAUGGCCGAGGAGAUCCAGCGCCUGCAGCUGUCCGUCUCCGACUCGCGCCAGCGCGAGAAGAAUGCCCAGCACGCGGAGGAGCGUCUGGACGAGUACCAGUCCCGCGUGGCCACGAUGCAGCGCAUGAUGGAGGAGCGCGGAAUGGUGGCCGAGAGCAAGAUCAAGAAGCUCCAGACGGAGAAUGAGGCCCUCAAGCUGCACCUCCGUCUCGCCAUCGACAGCCUCAAGAACCCCAUCCCGGCUGUCCCGCCGCCUAAGUCUGCCACCACCAAGGGGGUCGGCAGCGGCGGCGACGGCUCUGUCCUAUCGGACGAGGAUGACGAGAACCGCUCCAUCCAUGAGGACGGGGACGACGAGUACUACGACUCGGACACUACGGCUUACGGAGAGGACGAUCUCCAGGAGGAGAUGAAGAGGUAUCUACUUGACGUGGGCAACCUGCGCAAGUUGAUUGGCGGUGAUGUGUCGAGGUUCAAAGACGGUGAGAGUACGAGAAUGCCUCUUGGUGUGAGGGAGAAUGUAUAA